CAGCGUCCUAGCCCGUGCUAAGCUCAUGUGCCGAGGACCCGCCGCCAGACUACCGCUAGCCGCACGGCACCUCACCGUCACCGUCGCCCUCCUGCUGCCGCUGCUUUCCCCCGCCCAGUCCUUGGUGUAGCCCUGCUGAGGGCUGUUUGUUUCUAGUGGUGGGUGGAGUACUUCUGUCCAGCAGCCAUGUCGGGCUUCAAUCUGCUGCAUCUAAUAACCAAGAGUCAGCCUGUAACACUGAGGUCCUGCAGUCUUCCCUCAGGAGCAUGUAGGACCAAAAAGACAUGGCCAGUGAGCUUCUCUCAGGAGGAGUUGAAGAAGCGCCUUACACCGAUGCAGUUCCACAUUACCCAAGAAAGAGGAACUGAGAGUGCGUUCACUGGUGAGUUCACACAUCAUAAAGAUGAGGGGACCUACACUUGUGUUGUCUGCGGGGCCCAGCUGUUCAGCUCAAACACUAAAUUUGACUCAGGAUCAGGUUGGCCAUCCUUCUUUGACCUUGUGAAGGAGGAGUCCAUAACUCUGUCAGAUGAUUUCUCCUAUGGGAUGCACAGAGUGGAGACUACCUGCAGCCAGUGUGGAGCUCAUCUGGGACACCUGUUUGACGAUGGACCAAGACCCACAGGGAAACGCUACUGCAUUAACUCGGCCUCACUGGCUUUCCAGCCCAAAGACACGGCCCCCUCCGCCUCCAGCUCCGCGGCCGAGGGUGGAGCUGCAAGCAGCUCAGUGAGCGAGGGCAAGACAGAGCUCUGAAAGACCGACUUGGGAACCACAGCUGAUUGAUGGCUGUGCCUGUGUAGGGGGAGUCCAAGGGUUCAAAUACAUAAAAUAGUUAGGAGAUCUGUGUUUCGGAUUGACAAAGUAAAGAGAGAGAGAGGUGAUUAUAUUGUGAGAUGAAGGUGGGUGCUCGGGCGUCAGACACAGACCACUUACUCUGAUGUAUAAUCUGUCACAAGGAAAAGUGCAUGUUUUCCAAAACAGCUAUUUUGUAGUCAGCAAAAGCUGCAAGACUCACUGCAUACAUUUAUUGCCUUAAGGGGAACUUUCAGUAUUUGUCAACCUGCGUGUUGUUCUCAGAUUUUCCUCCGUUAUGAAUAUUGGCCGUGAUAACAUUGUAGAGAUUUGGGACCAGGGGAGCAGGAAGAGGCCUUGGUUUGCUCUGCAGUGUGCCGCAGGAGCUCAGAGGGACGACUCUGUGUUUACAUUCGAUAUGAUUCAAAGAAAAGCGCUUGAGGUGAUUUCUGUUAGAUUGAUGCUUUUAGAAGGCUAGCGGAGGCUCGCGCUUUUUGCCCCAUUUGACGUUGGUCUUGCUGGUAUCUGCAUUUACCAUCUGUCUACAACAGGAGUUGUAAACAUGUAAAUCAUGUAACAUCCAUGUUGACAAAUACUGGACUUUUCUCCCUUUGAUUUCCUAGGUCUGGGGUAGUAGCAUUUGGUCUGCCUAUUUAAUCAUGGAUGAAGUGCUAUGUUGUAGACACACACACACACACAUAAAAUAUAUAACUGUAUUCUAUAUUGAAGUUAUCUUUGAUACUGAGAUGACGAUAUCAACUAUGCAAGUGCCCCUGUCACCAGUGACACAGGCAGUAACGGAGCUGUGAUAGAUGGCGCCUUGUUGUGGACAAACACUGUCCUGUGGCCUUUAGGUCACUUCCUGUAUUUGUUCCGUUUUUAGUCCUUUGCAUUAGGAAAUAUUUUCAGUUAUUGUUCACAGUUUGCAUUAAAACAGUUAAUAAAAAUAAAAUAUCUAGAAACCA